UUGGGGAAACUACGCCAAGUUAUUUGUUUCGUACAACAUACGAUUGUUUUAAUAAUUUCGUGUUAUUUGUUAGUUUCGAAUUUAAUUAUAUUAAAAAACGUUGCAAAAAUAUAUUGUUUGACAAUAAUAAUUAUGUGUCUCAGUGAAAUUAUUAAUUUCUAUACCACAAAAUUUCUUGGCGGUAACAAUAUCAUGAUUACCAACAAAAAUAUUGUGCUUAUAAGAAACUUAUUAGCCGAGGAGUUUUAGUAAUUUUUAAUAUCCUUUCUAUUAGCAACUUUUUAUUUUGCUUUCAAUAUAUUAAAGACGUUAUUAAUAUACAAGUCCGUCGAAAUGAAUGAUGUUCGUGAUAAAGUUGUUGCUGGAUCCUCAUCGUGGGAGACUGCCCCAAGUCUUAGUGAUUCUUCUCCAGAGAUCCAGUCAUCGCCCGGUGGAAGUGGUGAUACACCACAAACACCUGGUGCACCGGCUCCUUUAGCACCACAUCUUGCCGCAGAAUUGCAUCCUGAUCUUCUGCAACAGGGUUGGCGCAAGUACUGGUCAAGGCGAGAAAAUAGACCGUACUUUUGGAAUAAAAUUUCCGGCGAGUCGAUGUGGGAAUUACCAGCAGUUAAAAGGGAUUUUGAUCCAAUUACAGAUCCCCUUGGUAUUUGCCAUACAGGUCCACCUAAUGCUGGUAAUGUAACUCCUAGUGCGAGUAAGCGUCGUCCAUCAGAAGACAAUGGUCCCCCCGCUAAGAAGUUUGUUCUUGCAGGACCUUGGGAUAUUGACGUACCCACUAAUGUUGUUAUAUAUGAACGACCGCCAACCAUUUGUCCACAUCCACAUCCUGAAAUAGAAGGUUUUCGAUUCACUCUGGCAAAUAAAUUAAGGCAAUGUUAUCAGGAGUUGUGUCAUACCAGAGAAAGCAUAGACGCACCAAAGGAUUCUUUUAAUAGAUGGUUGAUGGAAAGAAAAGUGAAUGAUCAGGGUGGCUCAGAUCCAUUGCUCCCAAGCCAUUGCUUCCCUGAAAUAUCACGAUCAAUGUAUGAGGAAAUUAUGAAUGAUAUACCAAUUAAAUUAACUCAUCCCAAGUUUACUGGUGAUGCUAGAAAGCAAUUGUCACGCUAUGCAGAGGCAGCAAAAAAAAUGAUUGAGUCCAGAAAUGCAUCACCUGAAAGUAGGAAGGUUGUUAAAUGGAAUGCAGAGGAUACAUUUCAAUGGUUACGACGUACGGUCGGAGCUACUUAUGAUGAUUUUCAAGAUAGAUUAGCGCACUUGAGAAGACAGUGUCAACCGCAUUUGGCUGAGACAGCUAAAGCAUCUGUAGAGGGAAUCUGCCUAAAAAUCUACCACUUGUCGGCUGAAUAUGCUAGGAAGAUAAGAGAGAAACAUAGUCUUUUAUUAAAAGAAAAUGGAAUACAGGAGCUGGCGGCGCCGCUGCAGCAGGCGGCGCUGCGCAAGGUGUGGUGCUACCCCGUGCAGUUCGCGCUGCCCGCGCCGCGCCCGCCGCUCGUGGAGCACUUCCUGGACCGCGACCAGGCGCUGCUGCGCUACCUCGGCGACACGCAAGUCCUCAACGCGACCUACUUGCAGAAACUUGAGCACCUGUACCGCUACAGCUGCUUCGACGACAAGAAGUUCGAGCAGUUCCUGUCGCGCGUGUGGUGCGUGCUGCGGCGCUACGCGGCGUGGGCGGGCGCGGCGGCGGCGGACGCGCACCUCGCGCAGAUGUCGCUGCCCGUGCCCGUGCUGGAGUGCCUGCACCGCUGCUUCGGCGUCACCUUCGAAUGCUUUGCCAGCCCGCUCGACUGCUACUUCCGACAGUACUGCUCCGCCUUCGCCGAUACUGACUGCUAUUUCGGAUCGCGCGGACCGUUUCUGGAGCUGAGGCCGGUGGCGGGGUCGCUGGUGGCGCACCCGCCCUACUGCGAGGAGCUGCUGGAGGCGGCACUGCGGCACAUGGAGCGCCUGCUGCAGGACUCGGCCGAGCCGCUUAGCUUCGUCGUGGUGCUGCCCGAGUGGCCCGAUCGACACACGCACGCGCUGCACAAAUUGCAGGCUAGCCACUUCAAGCGGAAACAGGUGGUUAUUCCAGCAUUUGAGCACGAAUAUCGUCACGGUUUCCAACACGUUCUUCCAAAGAACGAAGUGUACUUCCGGUGGGGCGGCGGCACGGUGGUGGUGUGGCUGCAGAACGCGGCCGGGUUCGCGCGCUGGGGCCCGACGGACGAGCGCGUGGAGGCGCUGCUGGACGCGUGGCGCCCGCGCGCCAAGCUGCGCGCGCCGCCCGACCUCGCGCCGCCGCCCGCCGCCGACGACCAGCCCGACAAGCGCUAGCCCCCCAGCGAGCGGCUCGCUGUUGCCAACCUCUUUCAUGUUCACAACUAAACUUUCCACAACCCCCUAAAUAGUUCAAUUCUGAUAAACAUCCCUAUGGUCAUGGGGUGGAUUUUUACGACCGACAUAUGAUCGCCGUUGUCGAUUUGUACUUUACCCGUUUUAACAUAUAAAUAAAUGUUGUACCUCGGAGACGUAGAUAUCGUUCGUAUAUGUGAGGCUUAAAUACCGAGUAUCCUCAUAGAACGGACAAGUAGUUCGUGCCGCAAUGUGAUUUUAUAAAUCAUCCGUAUCACAUUAUUCGUGUUUCGGCACUUAAAAUGACUAAGACGCAUUGUCCAUUAAACAUUUUCAAGAAUCGUAACAUAAAUAAAGCGUUAAGGACAAUUUAAAAAAUAUGCAUUACACAUUUGUGUUUUUAUUUAAUUUAUUUAAUCGCUAAAUGAGCAUAUUCAGUAUUUGAGCCUGAAAUAAACAUAAAACAAAGAUAAAACUACGAAAUUGUCAGCGAAAUCAUAUGUAUGUAUUUUUCAUUAAUUUUGGCAAAUAUUUUUUUUCUUAAUAUUAUUUUAUUUACUUAAUUGUUUAAUCGAUUCUCGACUGUUAAUUUUAAAUGACAAAACAAUAUUUCAGCGCUCAAAAUUCCGAAAAGCGCUGAAAUUCGAUAUCAAGUAUUCUUUGUUGCAAUGUUAUUUUUUAAAUCAUAUACAAUCAAAUAUUUCUUUAUAUUUAACUUUAUUCUAAUUUUGGAACAUAAUAUAUAUAUGUAAAGCUUUACAAAUAGGUGCAUAAAGUGUAUAACAAUAUAAUGAAAUGUUAUCUCGCUUUACAGAAAUAUUAUACAAAUCACUUUUUAAAAUGAAAUAAUUCUAUUCAAACAAUAUCUAAUAAUUUAUAAAAAUAUUUUAUGGCAGUUUAUUAAUUACCGCAAUUUAUUUGUUAAAUAUAUUUACAAUUCAAAGUCUUAAACGCGCACGAGACUCUUAUAGUUACAGAUACUUUUGGGAUUUAUUCCUCAUUGAAUAUUAUUAUUAUUUUUUGUGAUCAAUAAAUAUUUAUUAUAAAAAUGAUAUGAAUAGUAAAUUUGUAUAAUAUUCUAUAUUUAUAAUUACAAAUAUGUUUGGAAUUCAUUCAGAAUAAUACACAUCAGUAAUUGUACAGCAAUUAAGAAAUCACACCAAAUAAAAACAUUUAUAAAUGAAAAGAGAACCAAAUGUCAGAAUAACGCAGCUUUUAAUAUCGUUAUUGUAGAUAUACAUUGGAGAAGUAAAUAUUAAAACAUAGAUUAAUUCUAAGUUGGUAAUAAAGACAUAAUGGCCGAAGAAGCUUGAAUUUUUUAGAAACCUAGUUAGAGGGUUUUAUUGAAUAUUUCAUGUAGAGACCAAGAAAAAAUUACAGUGAAAUCCAAGUCAAUUGGUACAAGUAUGGCGACAAAACGAUGAUAUUAAGUAAUUAAUGAAACGAAAACAGUAAUAAACUAUUUGUUUUACAUAUCUUCUUGUAUUUUAUGGAAGAAGAUAUAAAAAAUGUUUUCUAAUAGUAUGGCGAGUGUUUAAGCAGACAAUUAUGGCAUUUCACUAAUGCCAGGUAUAUUUUUUCAACUAUUGAGACAUACAGCACUCUUUGUAGUAAGCUUGCGAAUCUGAAUUUAUCCGACAACGACUAAUCGCCUUGCGACUAGCUGUCAUUUUUCUUUUGUUUAAUAAUUGACUUCUGAAGGGUCGCCCAUACUUGUAACAAAUGACUUGGCAUUUUAUGCCUAUAUAUCUCCAAAUCUAAUAUCAAAUAUAAAAAUGGGGAGACAAAAUUAUGUAUAGAAAAUAAAUAACUAAUCACCUAUGUGGUUAAAAUGAAUCCAAUAGUUGAUAUUCAAUUUAAUAAUAGUUCCAUUCAUUAUUUUUUAUCGAUAUCCGAUAUCGCUCCACAUUAUAAUGAGAAUCUCGCAUUUUAUUGAUUUUUUGGGUAAAUAAAAAAAUAACUCAUUCAACAAGAAAUCUUAUUUUUUAGACAACCACUGAUGAUUAUGGUCAUAUCUUACUUUGACUAAAAAUCAUGUUGACUAUAUGUAUGUGAUGCAUAGAAUUGUAUAUAGAAAGGUGCGCUUAUUGUACAUAGUUUUGGAGAAAAUUUUGGUUAUUUACUUAAUGUAAGCUCUUUUUUUAAGAAUCCCUUUUUACUGUUGUAUAGUUCGAUA